CCAGUGUGCACUCGGCCACAGAGAAGUGGGUGACUUAGGAGUAUCCUCUCCACUUCUGACCCUUAGUUUCGUCUGUGCACAACUCGCUCAAAAUAGGCAACUCACUAAGCGUAUUUUGUUCCUGGUUCCGCCGCAGGUCUUGGCCAUGCCAUCGGCAACCUGCUCGUCUUGUCCAUGAGGCCUUCCCAGCUGGCCGGGCUCACCCCGCGGCUCCUGCACCUGUGCCUGCCCCAGGAAUCUGGGGCCGUUUCCCACUCCUCUUCAACCGUCAGCGACAUCUUGGGCCUUCUUUUCCAGUCAGGUGGGACGGCGCCCCUAUGAGGCUGUGUCUUAUCCCUCGGAACACGGGCACCCCACAGAGGGUCCUGCCUUCUGUGGUCUGGAGCGCCCCCUCGAGGAAGAAACCCGUGCUGUCUGCUCACAACUCCAUGAUGUUUGAACACUUCAGCCCCGUGAGGAUCCCUCAUCUCAGAGGCAAAUUUAACCUUCAACUUCCUUCAUUAGAUGAGCAGGUGAUCCCAGCCAGGCUCCCGAAGACGGAGGUGAGGGCAGAAGAGCCCAAAGAAGCAAUGGAGGUGAAAGACCAGGUAGAGACCCAGGGGCAGGAGGACAAUAAAAGGGGCCCCUGUAGCAAUGGGGAAGCAGCCUCCACCUCUCGGCCCCUGGGGACUCAGGGAAACCUCACUUCCUCCUGGUACAAUCCCAGGCCCUUGGAGGGAAAUGUCCACCUCAAGAGCUUGACAGAAAAGAAUCAGACUGACAAGGCCCAGGUGCAUGUAGUGAGUUUCUACUCCAAGGGCCACGGAGUCACCAGUUCACACAGCCCUGCUGGAGGCAUCCUUCCCUUUGGGAAGCCUGACCCACUUCCAACAGUGCUCCCUGCCCCUGUUCCGGGCUGCUCCCUGUGGCCAGAGAAGGCAGCCUUGAAGGUGCUGGGUAAAGACCACCUGCCCGGCUCUCCAGGCUUGCUGAUGGUGGGGGAGGACAUGCAGCCCAAGGAUCCUGCAGCUCUUGGAUCAAGUAGGUCUUCUCCACCCAGAGCUGCCGGCCACAGGCCCCACAAAAGAAAACUGUCGGGGCCACUGCUGCAGCUGCAACCGACCCCUCCCCUGCAACUGAGGUGGGAUAGAGACGAGGGGCCCCCACCAGCUAACCUUCCAUGUCUAUCUCCUGAGGCACUGUUGGUGGGUCAGGCUUCCCAAAGAGAAGGACGCCUCCAGCAGGGCAACAUGCAUAAGAACGUGAGAGUGUUAAGUAGAACAUCAAAAUUCAGGAGACUAAGACAGCUGCUUAGGAGGAGAAAGAAGAGACGGCAAGGCAGGCUUGGUGGCUCACGCCUGUAAUCCAGCACUUUGGGAGGCCCAGGCGGGUGGAUCAGGAGGUCAAGAAAUUAAGACCUGAGGAGCAUCUCUGCCUGCACCAUCUGGGAAGUGAGGAGCGCCUCUGCCCGGCUGCUCCACCGUCUGGGAAGUGACGAGCGCCUCUGCCCAGCCGCCCCACCGUCUGGGAAGUGAGGAGCGCCUCUGCCCGGCUGCUCCACCAUCUGGGAAGUGAGGAGCGCCUCUGCCUGGCCACCGCACCAUCUGGGCAGUGAGGAGCGCCUCUGCCCGGCCCCCGCCUUCUCUGGGAAGUGACGAGCGCCUCUGCCCGGCCACCUCACAGUCUGGGAAGUGAGGAGCACCUCUGCCCGGGCCCUGCCCCGUCUGGGCAGUGAGGAGUGCCUCUGGAGGCCGCCGCCCUGUCUGGGAAGUGAGCAGUGCCUCUGCCCGGCUGCCGUCCUGUCUGCGAAGUGAGGAGUGCCUCUGCCCGGCCCCCUUACACUCGGGGAAGUGAGGAACGCUUCUGCCUGGCCACUGCCCUGUCUGGGAAGUGAGGAGCGCCUCUGCCCAGCUGCCCACCAUCUGGGAAUUGAGGAGGAGCACCGCCUCUGCCCGGCCUCCACCCCAUCUGGGAAGUGACGAGCACCUCUGCCCGGCCGCCUCACGGUAUGGGAAGUGAGGAGUGCCUCUGCCCAGCUGCCACCCUGUCUGGGAAGUAACGAGCGCCUAUGCCUCGCCGCUGUCCUGUCUGCAAAGUGAGGAGUGCCUCUGCCCGGCCCCCUUACACUCUGGGAAGUGAGGAAUGCUUCUGCCUGGCCACUGCCCUGUCUGGGAAGUGAGGAGCGCCUCUGCCCAGCUGCCCAUCAUCUGGGAAUUGAGGAGGAGCACCGCCUCUGCCCGGCCUCCACCCCAUCUGGGAAGUGACGAGCACCUCUGCCUGGCUGCCUCAUGGUAUGGGAAGUGAGGAGCACCUCUGCCCAGCCGCUGCCCUGUCUGGGAAGUAAGGAGCACCUAUGCCUCGCCGCCGUCCUGUCUGCGAAGUGAGGAGUGCCUCUGCCCGGCCUCCUCACCGUCUGGGAAAUGAGGAGCGCCUCUGCCUUGCCGCCAUCCUGUCUGCGAAGUGAGGAGUGCCUCUGCCCGGCCUCCUCACCAUCUGGGAAAUGAGGAGCGCCUCUGCCUGGCCACCAUCCCAUCUGGGAAGUGAGGAGUGCUUCUGCCCAGCCGCCGCCCUGUCUGGAAAGUGAGGAGCACCUCUGCCUGGCCCCCUCACCGUUUGUAAGGGAGGAGCGCCUCUGCCCAGCCCCUGCAUCCUCUGGGAAGUGAGGAGCGCCUCUGCCCAGCCCCUGCAUCCUCUGGGAAGUGAGGAGCGCCUCUGCCCAGCCCCCUCACCAUCUGGGAAGUGAGGAGCGUCUCUGCCCAGCUGCUGUGCAACCUUCCAAGUGUGAAGUGACAGUCUUGUGUGUGAUCUUUCUGCCCUCCCCAAGUUUGCAUUUUCGACAUUGAAGUUUACUUUUUACUUAAAAAAAAAGGAGAUUGAGAUCAUUCUGGCCAACAUGGUGAAACUCCAUCUCUACUGAAAAUACAAAAAUUAGGCUGGCAUGGCGGCUUGUGCCUGUGGUCCCAGCUACUCGGGAGGCUGAGGCAGGAGAAUGGCUUGAACCCGGGAGGUGGAGGUUGCAGUGAGCCGAGAUCGCACCACUGCACUCCAGCCUGGUGACAGAGCAAGAUUCCGUCCUGAAACAAUGUUGUAGUUGAGAGCAGGAUGGUCUUUUGAGACAGGAGGAACAAGAGGUUCUGGUUGCCACUCUUCAAUCAGUUCUUCUUUUUCCUCGACUGUCAGAUCAGAUCGUUCUUGUAAUUUGCAAGUCUUAGAGAAAAGAAGUCUGAUUAUCCAGAGUAUCAGAAUCCCUUCCAAAAUAAGAUGGUAAGCAGGAGCCUCGUAAAGCGCCUGUACCAUCUCCACCAGAACCCACUGCUCCAUGGCGGUCGCCAUAGUUAGUCGCUUCCUAAGUGGUAAAAAUCUUAAACAGGUCAAUAAUCAUAGAGGAUAUUAAGAAUGUCAGAGAGCUACUUCCUGAAAUAUUGCCAAACUUAAUUUCAAAUUUAAAUUCUUUUAUCCUUAAAGAAACACAUAAUUGCAAAGCCUUUUAGAGUAAUUCAGAAUAGAACAAAAUUAAGGACGAUUCCUGAUUAUUUUGAAAGCCAGAGUAACACUAAUACCAAAUCCUGAGAAAGUAAAUACUCGAGAGAAAAUUGUAUAAGUUCACUUGCUAUGAUGAGUUAAAGAAAAACCUAAAUAAGACCCAACAGUACAUUGCAAUAAUAACAUAUUAUGACCAAGAGUGGUUUAUUCUUGAAUAGCAAAGAUGUUUUCAUAUUAGGAAAUCAAUAACUAUAAUUCAUUAUAGUAAUAGAUUGAUAGAAAAAAGACUAAAAACUCCUUUAAUAUAUGCGUAAGAGGAAUUUAAUAAAAUCCAACAUUCUUUCCUAAUAAAAAUCUUGAAUAAGUAUGGAUUAUGUUAUGCUUUCUUAACUAAAUGUGAAUUUAUAUUUAUACAUACACACGUAUAUACAAAUUAUAUACACAUAUCAAAAGAUCAAUAUAAAAUAAUAAAGGUCAUAUGAUAUUUAGAUUGAAUGGUAAUAUUUUAGAACUACUGCAAAUCAAGUCAAGAUCAACUUAAGAUUAUCUUUUAUCACCAGUGCUAUUUAAUAUAAUUCAAGAUGUGCUGACGAAUAUAAUUAGAAAAUAGUAUUAUGACUAUUUAAAUAAAGGAAAUAUUGUAAUCAUUUGAAGUUGAUAGGAUUUUGUUACUAGAAAACUCAAAACAAUGAAAUAAAAUUAAAAUUAAUAAAACUUUUAAGAGUUUUUUUAUAUUCUAAAUGAUGACUCAGAAAAAUUUACUGAAAUAAUCCCACCAAUUAUGGCAAUAAGACUAUAAAAUUCUUGAGACUAAAUUUAAUAAGAACUAUGAAGUUUGUAAAAAGUAUAAAUUAAUGAAGAAUUGAAUAGAUGGAUAUUUUCAAUCUUGGACUAGAUGAUUUAACAUUUUAAAGACACCAAUAUUUCCUACAUUCAUAUAGAAACGAAAUGCAAUUCCACAUAAAAUACCAACAACAUUAUUUUUAGGCUGAUUUAGAAGAAAGUGUCAUGAGGGCUUAAUAACCCUACCAAAUAUAAGAUAUACUAAUAUUGAUUAAUAAAGUAUAGAACUGGCAAAAGAAUAGGCCGAUUAAUGGAUGCUAUAGUUUGGAUAUUUAACCUUCAAAUCCCAUGUUGAAAUUUGAUCCCCAGUGUUGGAGUUGGGACCUAGUUGUUUGGGUCAUGGGAGUGGAUCCCUCAUGAAUAGAUUCAUGCCUUCUCUGGGUUCAGGGUUCGGGGAGGCAGUGAGGGAUUUCUCACUGUGUUAGUUCCUAAGAAAGCUAGUUGUUAAAAAGAGCCUGGCAACUCUUGUCUCUCUCUCUCUCUUGCUUUCUUUCUCGCCAUGUGACCUCUGCACACAUUGGCUCCUCUUCCGUUUCCGCCAUGAGAGGAAGCGCACUGAGGCUCUCCUCAGCUGCAGAUGCCAGCGCCACGGUUCUUUCACAGACAGCAGAACUGUGGGGCAGCCAACAAACCUCUUUUCUUUAUAAAUUACCCAGUCUCAGUUAUUUCUUUAUAGCAACACAAACAGGAUAAGCCCAAGUGGAAUGAAACAAAAAGAGAGAACCUCACAAUAAACUCAAAUAUAUACAAGAACGCAACAUGUAUAAAAAUGACAUUUUGGAUUACUGGAAAAAUAGCUAUUUGCUAAAUGUCAAUAGGACAACUGGAAGCUUUUUGAAACAAGUAAAACUGGAGCUUUACUUCAUUCCCUACUCAAAAUUCAGAGUGGAACAAAUAAUUAAAUGUAAAAAAAUAAAAAUGCAACAUACUAGGAGCAAACUUAAAUCAAUAUUUUUGAAACUUGGGGACAGAAAAUGCUUGAAACAUGACAACAUGUGAAAGACAUAAAGAAAAUAACUGAUAAAUCUAAAUAAUAAAAAUCAAAAUCACCUGUCAGUCUUCCUUAAACAACAUAAACUGAUGGGCAACAACUUUGGAAGAAAAGAAUACAAUAUAAUUAGAAACUCCAGGACUAAUUGCAUGAUAUACAAAAUGCCUAAAUAUCAAUGAAGAAAAGAUAAAUAACCCCCGAUGCUCAAUAUUAUUAAUAAAGUUAUGAAAAUUUAA